AUGUCCCCACUCAACGCAGCUCAAGAAGUUUUGGCAACCAAGGCUCUUUCAUCGCUCCUCGAAAGAUGCGGUAGCGAUUCUAAGCUGGCAAACGACAAAAAUGUACACAUGGUGAUCAACACUGAGAAACCCAUCGGACUCAAAAACGAUUACGUUCCGCGUAUCAUUCCACUCACUAAGUGUAAAAUGCACAAGGCUGGCGACCUUCGAAUUCUGCUCAUCACAAAGGACCCAUCUACACUUUAUAGGAAAACGCUGGCCGAAGACCCGACCACAGCUGACUUGUUUAAAACAGUGCUUUCGGUCAGAAAUCUUAAGGGAAAAUAUCGCGGUUCCAGGCUCAACAAGCUGUUCAAAGAGUACGAUUUGGUCGUAGCAGACUAUAGGGUGCAUCAUCUGCUGCCCGCGAUUCUCGGAAGCGCUUUUUACCACAGCAACAAAAAACUGCCGUUCAUCCUUCAGAUGGCUCGAAAUGCGAAGGUAAAAGGGCAGAAACUCCAGGAGGAGUGCGACUCGUCGUAUGUACGCGCCCAGAUCAAAAGCAUUGCCAAAAACACUUCUUAUGUCCCGAACGUUGACAACUGUCUGAGCGUGAAAAUCGGUGAAGUUGGCUUACACACACCGCAGCAAAUGCUUCAGAACAUUCAGGAUGCGGUUUCGUUCCUAACCGACAAGUCCAAAAAACCGCAGGGCGGAGUCAUCCGAGGUGAAAUAUCGGGUAUUUUCGUCAAGACCAGCAACAGCAUUAGUUUGCCAAUUUUCAAGCAAGAAAAGAAGGCAAGUGUCAAGGUUGAUGAUGACCUACGAUUGUAA